ACUUAAAAAAAAAAAAAAAAAGCCAAAAACCGUUUUAUGGUUAGUUAUCCCAGCUGUUGUCCUUGGGCAUCCCGCCUUUCUCAAACGCCGAGUUUGGUAAUCCUACCGUUGAGCCUUUCCCUUAAAACACAACCAAACACAUAUUCCCCUUGCUCUUCCCGGUGACCUCUCGUCCCCACAACCGGCCUCCCCUUACGAGAAGGUCGCCCUGUGCAAUGGACGCAUCCAACGACAGCGAGCCGGGUUCUGAUCUGGUCACUCCCCUCGGAGACCUCAGGCCGUCGGAAAAGAAAGCACUCGCCGAAUUCCGAACGAAAUUGGAAGAAGCCAUCAUAACCAACCGGCUAUUCAGCAAGCUGGCACACCGCCACCACCGUCAUGAUAAGAGCAAGACCCGCGUCGCCAAUGCUUGCUCCCCGGACUUCUGCAUGUUGGAACCGAGCCCCGACAAAGACGAGGAUCUGAAAAACAUAUCUUUGUGGGGAAUUCCUCUCUUGCCGAGCAAAGGCCACGAAGACACGGAUGCGGUACUCCUCAAGUUCCUCCAAGCGAGAGAGUUCAGAGUGUCCGAAGCAUUCCACAUGCUACGAAGGACCCUACGAUGGAGAAGGGGAUUCGGGGCCGACGAUAUCUUGCUCGAGGAUCUCGAACUACCGGAGUUGAACAGCGCGGCAUAUAUGGAUGGCACGGAUAAGUACGGCCACCCCAUAUGUUACAAUGUGUACGGGGUGUUCAGAGAUAAGGAGUUGUAUGACAAGGCGUUCGGGAAUGAGGAGAGGAGGGAGAGGUUUGUGCAGUGGAGGAUCCGGCUUAUGGAGGAGGGGAUUAAGCAGUUGAGCUUUAAGCAGGGGGGCGUGGGCUCGAUGCUUCAGAUAAUUGAUCUCAAGAACUCUCUCAGCCAUUCCAUGAAGGAGCUCCGAAGCACCACGAAGAAGGUGGUCACCAUUCUGCAGGACAACUAUCCUGAGUUCGCCGAAAGGACUAUAUUUCUGAAUGUGUCGUUCCGCAGCUAUGCUUACCAUGCGUUGUUUUCUCACUUCGUCUCUCCGAGAAGCAGGAGCAAGUUCAUCUUUGCCAGACCCUCCAAAGUUACUGAAACACUUCUCAAGUUUAUAGCUCCGGAGGAUUUACCAGUACAGUAUGGCGGAUUUAAGAGGGAAGAAGACGAGGAAUUUUCAGCCGAAAAUGGUCGAGUAUUGGAAAUCACCGUCAGAGGCAGCAGCGCAGGAACUAUAGAAAUUCCAAUAAUUGAGCCCGGGGUGACAGUGGUGUGGGACAUAAGUGUCGUUGGAUGGGAAGUGAGCUACAAGGAAGAGUUCGUCCCAGAUGAUGAAGGCUCUUACAAUGUAUUGAUCCGAAAGGAAAAGAAGCUCGACGAGUCGUCUCGGAAUUCCUUUUAUAUCAGCGAACCGGGGAAGGUUGUGUUAACAAUAGAGAAUCGUACGUUCAAGAAGAAGAGGGUCCUCUACAGAUCAAAGAGCAAGCCUACCAUCCCCUUGUACAAUUUGCUGAACCAAACCAAUCGUCCCGCUGUGUAGUUUCUAUAUAUAAUUCACCAAACUUAUUUGGCCCUUUUCUUCUUUCUUCCCUUCUUCACUAUUUUGUGUUUCGGAUUAAAUUGUGUAAUGCACCCACCAUAUGAUCCAUAUAUUGUGUCAGAGAUCAGAGAGAUUCUUGUAAAAUCAAACAAUGUCACAAAGAUGUAUCUAACCAUUUGAGGCA